AAGCUGCUGCUGGUGGCAGUGGAAAGUGACUCUUACAGCAACAGGAGCAACCACUUGGGUGGGGUGGGGUGGGGUGGAGAGAGGAAUGGAACUGUGGAAGCAGUGUGCCCACUGGCUUAUCCGGUGCCGGGUACUGCCCCCCAACCACAGAGUGACCUGGGAGGGUGCCCAGGUCUGUGACUUAGCCCAGGCCUUGCGUGAUGGUGUCCUUCUCUGUCAGCUUCUCAACAACCUCAUGGCACAUGCUGUCAACUUGCGAGAGAUCAAUUUGCGCCCUCAAAUGUCCCAGUUCCUGUGCCUCAAGAACAUCCGAACUUUCCUCACCACAUGCUGUGAGAAGUUUGGUCUGCGCAAGAGUGAUCUGUUUGAGGUUUUCGACUUGUUCGAUGUCAAGGAUUUUGCAAAGGUGAUUGACACCUUAUCAAUCCUAUCAUGGACACAAGUUGCCCAGAACAAAGGGUUCAUGCCAUUCCCUACUGAGGACAGCAUCGCUGAUGAUGACAUAUACAGUGGCUUAUCGGAUCAGAUUGAUGACACCAUGGAAGAAGAUGACGACCUCUAUGAUUGUGUGGAGAACGAGGAGACGGAAGGGGAUAACAUCUAUGAGGUUCUGAUGAGGUCAGAACCAAGUGUCAUGCCACAGAGGAUGACUGAACUGGAUAAGAGGAAAUGUUGCCUUCAAGAGAUCCAACAGACAGAGGAGAAAUACACAAGCACAUUGGAAUCUAUUCACCAGCACUUUGUGAAACCUCUGCAGCUGUUUUUGCAACCUCAGGACCUGGAGAAUAUUUUUAUUAACACUGAGGAACUUUUGACAGUUCAUCGGUGCUUUCUGGUAGAUCUGAAAAGUGCUUUAUCUUUUAGCAACUCUCAGAACCUCUACCAAGUGUUCAUCAAGUACAAAGAGAGGUUCUUGCUGUAUGGUCGAUACUGCAGCCAGGUGGAAUCAGCCACUAAACACUUAGACCAGGUGGCCAAUACCAGUGUGGAUGUACGCAUGAAACUGGAGGAGUGUUCACAACGAGCCAAUAAUGGCCGGUUCAGCCUACGUGACCUCCUCAUGGUACCCAUGCAACGAGUGCUGAAAUAUCAUCUGCUUUUGCAGGAGCUGACCAAAUACACGGUGGAUCCAACAGAAAAGGAGAAUCUGAGGCAAGCACUAGAUGCUAUGCGGGAUCUGGCUCAAUGUGUGAAUGAGGUCAAGAGGGACAAUGAAACACUGAAACAAAUAACUAAUUUCCAGCUCUCCAUAGAGAACUUGACACAAUCCCUGGCUCAUUUUGGGAGGCCAAAGAUUGACGGGGAGCUCAAGAUCAUCAGUGGGGAAAAGCGCUCCAAAAUGGACAGGUAUGCUUUCCUCCUGGAUAAAGCCCUGCUAAUCUGCAAGCGGAAAGGGGAUUCCUAUGAUAUGAAGACAUUUAUUGAUUUGUCCAGCUACCAGGUUCGGGAUGAUCCUUCGGUAGAAAAAGACAACAAGAAGUGGACUCACACGUUUUCCCUAAUUGAGCAUAAUGGUCUCUCAGGCUAUGAACUGUACUUCAAGACACGGGAGCUGAAGAAGAAAUGGAUGGAACAAUUUGAAAUGGCCCUAUCCAAUAUCUAUCCUGAAAAUGCCACAGCAAAUAGACACGAGUUCCACAUGUACUCCUUUGAGGAAACCACCUCCUGCAAAGCCUGCCAGAUGCUGCUGAGAGGAACAUUCUAUCAGGGUUAUCGCUGCAGCAAAUGUCGGGUGCCUGCUCAUAAGGAAUGUCUGGGCCGGGUGUCACCAUGUGGAAAGUCCAGCUCUGAGUCUGGAUCUACCAUGCCAAAGAAUAAAUUUGAUUGGCAUACACUGGAGAAAGAAAAAACUGAUCUGGGACUGCCCAAAUUGGAAGUCUGCCAGGAGUACUAUGGUCUGCCUCCACCACCUGUGGCAUUUGGUCCACCACUGAGACUCAACGUGGGCGAUAUUGUGGAAUUAAACAAAGCUGAGGCGGAGCAGCUGUGGUGGCAGGGAAGGAACACAUCCAGCAAUGAAGUUGGCUGGUUUCCUUGCAAGAAAGUAAAGCCUUAUGUCUGUACUCCUCCUCCAGAUCUAUCUGUCUUUUGCUGGUAUGUGGGGCCCAUGGAGCGGGGAGAAGCAGAACAGAUCCUUGCCAGUCGUUCAGAUGGGACUUACCUGGUGCGGCAGAGGAUCAAGGAUGCAACUGAAUUUGCCAUCAGCAUCAAGUUACUGGAAGAGGGACCCUGCUGGGACCCUGCUCCCAAAGAUGUAAGAGGUAUAAGACUCCCUGAGACGCUGGACAACUACACCCUUGGAUCUAACAUCUAAGAAUGACCCACCAGCUCUAUCUACCUCGAGGGUGGCAGCAGCAUGCCGGGAUCCGCAGCCAAAGUCCACGGUGAUGAAGCUAACCCCAGCAUACCUAAACUCAUCUAAGAUGAGUUUUCCAAUCUCCUGCAAAUGUAAAAAAAUCAGUUUCAAUAGCAAAUACUUUUUUUGUGUUGGAGCAGAGUUUAAUGGAUCAGUUGAGAGCACCUCUCAUAGACACUUCUGUUUCUGGUCUUGUGAAUCCUUCUCCGAAUCCCAAAGAUUUGUAUGCUCAGCUCAAGGACACCCUAUACUGGAUCCAGUAUCGCAGGUUCAGGAUGGGGACUCUCCUAUCCAUCAAAGAGGCCCUGAGGGAAGGGGACUUCCUCUCUUCCAUUGACUUCAAGGGCUGACCUGCACGUCCCCAUCUUUUGUCCUCACAGUUAUCUGAGAUUUGUAGAUGGCAAUCAUCAUUAUCAGUACAGAGCCAUGCCCUUUGGCCCCCAGAGUUACCAAAAUCAUGGUCAUCCUGGUGGCUCACCUCAGGUUACAGGGGAUCCAUAUUUUCCCCUAUCUAGAUGACCUACUACUUCGAUCACCUUUAUUCACAAAGGCUUGGGAGGAUCUAUAUGUCACACUGGCCUGCUUGAAGGAUUUCAGUUUCCUCAUCAAUCAGGAAAAAAGUUAGCUACAUCCUUCUCGAAGACUCCAGCACCUAGGAGCUGUAUUAGACAUAGUCAAGGGGCACGUGCUAUCCCCAGAACAGAUUGUCACAAUUCAGAAGGCAAUUCGCUUCAACCUGUCUUCCCCAACAGUGGACAUGUCUCUAGCAACAGCCCUAGGCUUAAUGGUCUCUGCUUUUCAAAUAACCCCAUGGACAAGGCAUCAUUGUUGUGCCUUGCAGUGGGCACUACUCCCCUUCCAGCACAACAUUGUAGCGAGACAUCACCUAUGAGUAACUAUCUCCAGUUCCGUCGCCAUUCCCUGCAUUGGUGGUUGCAGGAGGGUAAUCUGCGCAAAGGGAUGGUAUUACAGGAUCCACCUCUAGAACCCAUCCUCUGUGAACCUUGCUACUGAGCUGGCUCUAGCUGAGAAAAUGGCUCCUCCAGAGAUAAUACGACAACAAAAAAUGGAUGCCCAAACAAAUGAACUGUUGUUUAAGGAUACUGCUGAGCCGGCUCAUAGCGUUGGGAAUGAAAAUAAAGGAAAAAAGUGCUCCACUCAGCCUGAAUUAUCAAAGCAGCCAGAGGUAGUAAAUGGAGAAAGCACACUGGAAAGUUUACUGGAAAUGCCAGUUCAAGGCUGGAUUCUUAUGACAAUGAAAGAUCUUGAACAUAUUAAAGUCUUUCUCUCAGAAUAUAACAACCUUCUAACUACAUUGGCUGAAAUAAUUAAAAAGACUGGUUUGAAAUCUGGAGUUGCAGAUUCUGUAACAGAGGUAAGUGAAACCGGGAUGAGCCUACAAGGAAAGUGUCCAGAACGAGAGUGAGUAGAAAUCAAAAUCCAAAGAAGAGCAAUUUAAAGAAAAGUAAAAAUGUCAAAAAUGUAAAGCCAAUGCAUUAUAAAAAGAUCGAGUUUGGAAAACUUUUCAAACAGCUAGACAAAGGCCUUAAGCAGAAGGCAGGACAAAAAGCCACGCAGACUUUAAAUAAGAAACCCAAUGGUGACAAUCUAAAACCGCACUUUGAUGACCUUGGCUCAGCCCACCUCACCUAUUUCUCCUCUCAUAUCAGAUCAGGACCUGGUUCCAGAUAAAGUUACGCAGGACCCAUGGUCCCUGACUUCACUGAAAAGAAAACCAUCACGGGAGAGUUGUGGAAAAGAUAAUAGCAGCUCGGGUUAUAGUGUUUAUUCCCACCCUAUAUGGGUCAGCUCUGGCAUGUCCUACCUGAGAUCAUCUUACAUGCACGAGAAAAGAGACCUUUGGUCUUACCGUGAAACGGUCUUCUAAGUGCAUGUAAACAUGAUUUCAGGGCCACUCCCUAUCUGAGCUGGGUCAAUAUCCUCCAGGAUGUGAGUGACAGCAGAGAGCACAGAGCGCAGGGUUUUUUGUGUGUGUUUGUUGGUUCUACUGUUGUUAUGUCUUAUCUCUCUCUGGUUUGGCAAGGAAGAACUGUCCUCUCUACAUAAGAGAGGGCUAGAGCAGACUGCAAAUCAAGUUCUGGUUAUUCUGCCUUUGACCACAUGGUGGAGGUCAAGUCCCACCUGAGAUCAUCUUGAAGAUGCACGUUGAAGACCAUUUCACAGUAAGACCAAAAGUCUCUUCUAUCUCUCAAGAUUAGAGCUGUUUCAAAUGCUAUUGAUGCCAACUGUUAACAUUUCUGUGCAAUAAUGAGAAACAGGAAAGCAUUAAACCAAGUGUCAUGCAGAUUUGUGU